AUGUGCCGGCAUGAGUCAAAGUUUAUCCAAAUAAUUGUUCAGGAGAUUGUGAGUAAAUUGGAUUUCACGGUCUUAAGUGUUACCCCCUAUCAAACUGGAAUAGAUUCUCAUGUAAAAGACAUUAAUCUGUGGUUCCAAGGUGGGUUGAACAAUGUCAGCGUAAUGAUGAUCUGUGGGAUGGGUGGAAUAGGGAAGACAACCAUUGCAAAAAUUGUUUAUAACCAAAACUUCGACAAAUUUGAAGGUAGCAGUUUUCUUGCAAAUAUUAGAGAAACUGCAAAACAACCUAAUGGUUUGGUUUGUUUGCAGAGACAACUUGUUUCAGAUAUUCUGAAGUGGAAUAAGGAAAGAAUAUAUUGUGUUGCUGAGGAAAUCAAUAAGAUUAAAGAUGCUAUGUGCUGUAAAAGAGUUCUAGUUGUUCUUGAUGAUGUUGAUGGUUUGGACCAAGUAAAUGCAUUAUUGGGGAUGCGAGAUUGGCUUCAUCCAGGAAGUAAGAUUAUGAUAACUACUAGACAUGUGCAAUUGCUAAAGGCUGAUGAAGUGUACAAGUCGUAUGUGGUUAAGGAAUUGAAUGAUGAUGAAGCAAUCUGUCUCUUUAACCGGCAUGCCUUUGGACAAGACAAACCUAUUGAAGCUUACGUGGAGCACUCAAAAAGGGUAAUACACCACUGUGGUGGCCUUCCGCUAGCUCUGGAAGUCUUGGGCUUUUCUCUGUCUGGUGAAACUAUUGAUGUGGAGAGAAAGUGCAUUAGCAAAAUUAAGAACACAUUUUCCCGAGAAAAUUCAUAA